CGCCCCCUCCAGGCUGCCGUCGCCGGGCUGCUGCUGCUGCUGCUGCUGGACCGGAGACCCACAACCAGCGGCCGGCUGCUCCUCCGUGCUGAGGGAAGACUCGGUGCAGCCCAAGGAGCCUCCCGUCGUUCUCUCACCGUUUACCGACAUGGCCUCCGACGGCAUGGACGAGCGCUCUCCGCUGCUGUCGGGCCCCAACUCGGAGAAUGUGACCCCCACGGCUCCCCCGUACCUGCAGGACUCCAGCCCCCGAGCCGAACUACCUCCUCCCUACACAGCCAUCGCCAGCCCCGAUGCCGGCGGUGUGCCUGUCAUCAACUGCCGUGUCUGCCAGUCGCUCAUCCACCUGGAUGGAAAACUGCAUCAGCACGUGGUCAAGUGCACAGUCUGCAAUGAAGCUACGCCUAUCAAGAAUCCCCCAACGGGAAAAAAGUACGUGAGGUGUCCCUGUAACUGCCUGCUAAUCUGUAAAGACACGUCCAGGAGGAUAGGAUGUCCUCGACCAAACUGCAGACGCAUAAUCAACCUGAGCCCGGUGAUGGUGAUCCCCGAGGAGCAGCCCGCCCAGCCGGCUCUGCCCAUCCAGCCUGAGGGGAUGAGGGUGGUCUGCGGUCACUGUGGCAACACCUUCCUAGGCAGUGAGGACGCCAGGUCAUCCCAGCCAAUGUCUGGUCUCCGAAGUGAUGGCUCUCCUCCAGCACAACAACAGUGGAUGGAGCUUCGAUUUAACACGCUAGCCAAGUGUCCCCACUGCAAAAAAAUAUCUUCUGUCGGCAGUGCUCUUCCUAGGAGGCGCUGCUGUGCUUAUAUAACCAUUGGAAUGAUCUGCAUUUUCAUUGGAGUGGGUUUAACAGUUGGUACUCGGGACUUUGCCAGUCGUUACAACGCCACCUACGUGUCCUGGGCGUUCGCCUACCUGCUGGGCCUCAUCUGUCUGAUACGAGCCUGCUACUGGGGGGCCAUCAAAGUCAGCUACCCAGAGAACAGCUUCGCCUAGAGUGGGAACGUCUCGGCAAAGCCCCACACGGCUAGAACGACAAACUCCUCCACUAUUAGUUUUUUUUUUUUUUUCCAUCUCGUUCAGAUUUCAAACCGGUCAUGUUCAGCGAAGUGCAACGUCUGCAGAGUGUCUGGGCAGGAGCGUGUUGAAGAGGUGUUGUUUGAAGAAGUGUAUGCAGGAGCUGUAUCAUGUCGUGUUUGUGUCUGUAAUGUUUGUAACUCGCUGAACACACCUAACUGCCUGUCAAUCAACCCCGUACCGGUCCACAGAGACGCAAAUCCUGCCCAGGGUUUUGCCAAAAUUCUUCAAAAUACAAAAUCAAGAACUUAAAAACACUGAUUUUUCUUGAUGAAUGCCAAAAUUAAUUGAUUUUUUUAAAAAAUGAUUGCUUAGCAAACUGGCUGGAUUUGGUGUUUUUGGACCAGGUUUUCAGAUUUUCAGCAGCUUGACUGACAUCACGGCACCCUCUUGAUUUGUCUUGCUACCGACCAGACCAAAAUAAGACGACCUCCUAUGAACAGUUUGCCCUUUGCACUACGAUUAUAUGCAAUUGUAAGUGUUGUUUUGCUGCUAGUUAAACUCCAGCUACACAAAGCUGCAUAUUCAUACUGUAUUGUAACCAUUUACCUUGCCUGUGUACACUGACAUAGUAUUAUAUGAUUUUAACUCUCAAAAAUGAUCAACUUUUAAAAGAAAUUGUUCUUAAAUGCCCAUGCGUGCCAACUUUGCUGCCCAGUGUUAGUCAAGAAGAUCCACAGGAGUUUGUUGUUGUUGUUAUUUUUUAAAUCAUUAAUUUAAUUUGUGCCAUGCAGCUUUUAUCUCACUACAGCAAUAACCUUCGUCCAUCCUCACUGUUCUUCAAAUGAUCCAAAAAAAAAGCGGUUUCUCCCGUUUGCAUGUUGACUUGUUUCUGUUUCCAUCACUGAGGUGGUGUUUUUUUGUUUCCGUAUCAGAGAGAUAGCUGAAGGGUACGAUGUUUCCCGUCUUUGCUCCUUCUGCCUGUUGAACUAGAAUGUAAACCCUCCUCUCCUUCGCUUAUCUGAUCGCUGCUCUCUGACCUCCAGUGAACUCCGUGCUAGCUAGCAUCGCUAUACGCUGACUCCUGUCUCUUGACCUUGACCAGUGGGCACAGCUCAAACUUCUAACCUUGUUUUGAAUGUGAUGAUGAUGACAACGAUGAUGAAGCAGAAAAUAAUAUGAAAAAAAAUACUUUGUACAUAGUUCAAAUUCAGUACUUGGAAAGGUAAUUAGUGUGAGGUGGAAGAAAAAAGAUGGCUCAUGGGUCUUUUUAAAAAUAAUAAUUUAUCAAUAAAAUGCAAAAACUACC